AUGAAUGCUUUCUUAACUGCAUUCAAACAAAAGCCUCAGGAAAGUAAACAACGUGUAAAAAGUUCAAAACAUAUUCCCUGGGUUGAAAAAUACCGACCGAAAACAAUAGAUGAAGUCGCAUACCAAACAGAAGUUGUCAAUGUGCUUCAAAAAUGCAUUGAAGGAUCUGAUCUACCAAAUCUACUUUUUUAUGGGCCGCCAGGAACUGGGAAAACAUCUCUGAUAAUGGCUUUAGCUCGCCAACUAUUCGGCCCCCUUUAUUCCGAGCGUGUUUUAGAACUGAACGCUAGUGAUGAACGAGGUAUCAGUGUUAUUCGACAGAAGGUGAAAGCGUUUGCCCACAUUGCUGUUAGUGGGUCUAACUUUGGUUCUGGCCAGCGUAAUAUCCCACCGUAUAAGUUAGUCAUCUUGGAUGAAGCUGAUUCUAUGACAGCACCUGCACAGGCUGCUUUACGUCGCACAAUGGAGACUGAAAUGAAAACAACUCGUUUCUGUUUAACGUGUAAUUAUGUGACGCGUAUUAUUGAACCGAUUACAAGUCGUUGUGCGAAAUUUAGAUUUCGUCCAUUGGAUAAUGAAAUUGCUCGUGCUCGUUUACGACAUAUCUCCGAUGCAGAAGGCUUAUCUGUUACAAUGAAAAAUAUUCGCUUCACGAAACCAUUUUUCGUAGCUUCACCUAAAUAUCAUGGUAACUGUUGGAUUUCUUGCCUUUCAGUAAACAAAGAGUUUUGCAGAGUUUUCCAAUUAAUUGUAGCCCGUGUAGACUUGAUUGAUUUUAAAGAGCAAACUGAGCAGCAUGGAAAUUUGUACUGUUAUAAUAUAUCAGUUCAAAUUUCUUAUCUCCAAACAUUAGAUCACUUACUAUCGCUUUGUCAUGGGGAUCUACGUCGAGGCAUUACAAUGCUGCAAUGUGUCCACCAGUUAAUUAUGCCCUCUGAUAAUUCCAGUGAUACAGAUUGUCGUCCAUCAAUUACACCGAGGGAAUUAGAUGAAGCAGCAGCUGUUGUGCCUAGUGACUUAGUUAAACAAUUUAUGAAACUUCAGAAAAUGGUAAUUUCGACGAAUUGCAAGUUAUCAUUAAAAAUAUAUUGCUGGAGGGCAUCCAUUCUAGAAUGUUUGGCUAUUGCUGACUCUCGGUUAAUUGAUGGAGCUGAUGAAUAUCUUCAACUCUUGGCAGUUGGAGGCACCCUUUUGAAAACUAUUCAGUCGAAAUAA